GCUAGAGCCAGAGCUGAGAAGACCACCUGAGGUAUGUAUCAGCUACAUUACAAGCCCUUCAGGAGGCAGAACUAACAGCCAAACCAACCAAAUGCCAGCUGGCUCGGCAAGAGAUGCCCUACUUGGGUUACUGAGUAGAAUGGGGGAAGUUGAGACUGCUCAUCAACAAAGUGCAGGCCCUGGCACAAUGUACCAUUCCCAUGAUAAAAUGCCGGGUACACUGCUUCCUUGGCCUCAUGGGGUACUACCAGUACUUCAUACCCAACUUCGUUACCAUUGUGGUGCCCUUGACAGACCUGGAAAAGAACAUAAAGGACAAUCCUGUGGUCAGUGCCUCCAAGAGGGCCUUCCAGGAGCUAAAAGAGUGGAUGAGCCAAGAACCCUGAGUUAGAACCCGGUGGAGUGGCAGGGCUGAGGUUCUCCUACUACACAGAAGAACUGUGCCCACUAACUGGGGUUGCUGCCAGAGACUAACUAUUGGGUGUAGCCGUCACCGUGGGCCCUAACUGCUAGAUAGGAGAUGCUGCUUCCCGCCUAGAAAGGGUAAUACUGAAAACACAAUGAGCAAUGCUUUCCAGAAACAGCUGUCCCAAUCCAUCAUGAGUUUAUUGUGGAUUUUUAGGUUUGUGGAUUAGCCCAGUGUAUAUUAGGAAGGUUCUGAUGCAGGUGGCAAGUCAGAAAGCAGCCAAAGCCAACUGAUUUCAUUUGUUUAAUAGUGAGUGUUUCCUUUACCUGUUGGACAAAAUUGGACUCUCCUCCCAGUAGGUGGAGCUACAAAACCUUAUAACUCAAAGGCACAAUUUCUUAUUCAAGAAGAGUUUGGACUGGAUCAGGAGUCACAGAGGAAGCCAGACACUUGGAAGCAUGGCUGGGAAACCCAAACUGUACUAUUUCAAUGGAAGAGGCCGAAUGGAAACAAUACGGUGGUUGUUGGCAGCAGCUGGAAUCGAGUUUGAAGAACAAUUCUUAGAAACAAGGAAAGAUCUUUUAAAGUUACAACAGGAUGGAGCCCUGCUGUUUCAACAAGUGCCCAUGGUAGAAAUUGAUGGGAUGAAGAUGGUGCAGACCAGAGCCGUUCUCAACUACAUAUCAGGGAAACACAACCUCUAUGGGAAGGACCUGAAGGAGAGGGCACUGAUUGAUAUGUAUGUGGAAGCAACAAUGGAUCUGAAUGAAAUGAUUAUGCUUCAUCCUAUCCAGUUACCAGAGACAAAAGCAAAGCAUUUUGCCACAAUCAUUGAGAAGGCCACAACCAGGUACAUUCCUGUAUAUGAAAAGGCUUUGAAAGACCAUGGACAGGAUUUUCUUGUUGGCAACCGAUUCAGCAGGGCAGAUGUACAGCUGCUUGAAACUAUUCUAAUGGCAGAAGAGUGCAAGCCUGAUAUACUCUCCAAAUUCCCUGUUUUACAGGGUUUUAAAGCAAAGAUAAGCAACAUCCCCACAAUUAAGAAAUUCCUGCAGCCUGGCAGCCAGAGAAAACCACCGCUAGAUGAAAAAUUAGUUCCAAAAGUGAAGAGCAUUUUCUACACUGACAAUGAAUGAUGGCUUAAAAUCAUGGCAGCUGUUUUACUGUAGAUGUGUAUUAGCUAUUAAAACUGAAAAGUGAAGUUAAUUCAAAGUGUGAAAAUUAUAGUGACAAAAUCAGUUAACACAAGCUAGAAGUGAUGUAUGCAGAAGUGUCCACAGUAAAUCCAAAUAAUUGUGCUAGCACAUGAAAUGGUUCACUGAAUUAUAGGAUGCACAGAGCAAAAGAGGUGACAUUAAACCACUAGCUUUAAGAGAAUAAAAUGAAAUAAAACAUCUCAUUAC